AUUUCCACAGAAAAGCUCUCAGGGUAGUUCGCUGCGUUUUAGAGCUUUAGUCAGGUGAUGUUCUGUCUCUGCUGAACUGAGAGGCCUUGUGACACACGGAGUCCAAGCUCACGGCCAGUGGGCGUGUGGCACAGGCCCUAGGAAUGUGCAGCAGGCAAGUCCUGAAGCCGAGAGCCACACACAACGCCGUCUGUCUCUGGUACCCGGCUUGCACUCCAAAUCGGUGCUAUCACAUCUGGCUCGUGCUGUUACACAUCUCGGGGCCAAACAAGUUUUCUCUCCCAUUGCAGCUUCAGUCGUUGGUAGCAGAUUUUCUUCCAUUCGUAUGUGAUGGAUGUUCAGGAGUAUUUUGCCUUGAACACAGGAGCAGAGAGUCCCAUAGCUGUCCUGAGGUGACUGUAAUCAACGAGAGACUGAAGUCAGACACCGGUACAUCUCACCCAUGCUCCUUCAGGGACUGUGCUGAGAGAGGGCUUGUGCCCAUUAUGUGUCCUUCCUGUGAGAAGAGCUUUUGCCUGAGACACCGUCACCAGUCAGAUCACGAAUGUGAAAACCUGGAAGUCCCUAAGCCUCGUAUGGCUGCCACUCAGAAACUCGUUAAAGACAUUAUUGAUUCCAAGACAGGAGAGACAACAAGUAAACGACGGAAAGGUGCAAAAAAUAGUGAAACAGCUGCAAAGGUAGCACUGAUGAAAUUAAAGAUGCAUGCUGCUGGAGACAAAUCAUUGCCACAGACGGAAAGAAUUUACUUUCAGGUUUUCUUACCUAAGGGGAGCAAAGAGAAGAGGAAAGCUAUGUUCUUCUGCCGAGGGUGGAGCGUCGGAAAGGCCACAGACUUCGCAGCUUCUUUAGCCAGCCUUAAAAAUGACAACAACAGACUAACAGCUAAGAAAUUGAGGUUAUGUCACAGUGUCUCAGGAGAGGCAUUACCCUUGGAUCAUAUUUUGGAAACGUGGAUUGCUAAGGAGGAUUGUCCUUUGUACAGUGGUGGAAAUAUUAUCUUGGAAUAUCUGAGUGAUGAAGAACAGUUUUUAAAAAAUGUUGAUUCUUACUUGGAAUAGCCAUGCAGGGACUCAAGCCAGAAAUCACGAGGAAAAUUCAUCGUUCGUCAACUUCUUUUACUACAAAUACUAUGUGUGUGUGUGUGUGUGUGUAUAAAAGUUCCUUUCGAAUGCCAUUAUGUCAUAAUUUAUAUUAUUAGUCUUCUAUUAAAUUGAAUUUGAAUUUU